AAACAUUUAAUUGUCAUAAGUAAGUACCUUUGGUAAUUAAAAAAUACUGAGGAGGAAUCAAAGUAAAUGUUGACAAACUAUAUCAAUUAUACGAAAUACACAGCAAAACAAGGAAUGUGAAUGAAAUUGGGCACACACAAAAGAUCAAGAAGCAACAAAUACAGAAAUAGUAUAUCAUAGUUUUCAUAAACAUCUACAAACUAUCUUUCAAAAAUGAAGAUGCAGUUUUUUAUUGUAGCUGUUGUAUGUACAUGUAUGUUCAUAAACUAUGCGUUGUCUGAUAGCACCACAGAAUGUGAUGUCAAGGACGGUAAUUAUGGCGUGUUGAAAAUAAGUUGUCCACCUGGAACAGACAUCAACACAGUUAACACUGGACAAAUUAAUAUUGAGAACAUACAUACUUUGGAUGUCACACAUAACAAUCUAACAAGCAUCCCUUUAUGGAUUUGUGAAUUCAGGAGCUUAACGAAUCUGGAUCUAUCUUACAAUAGCAUAGUUGAGAUCCCCAAAGAUAUAUUCAGAUGUGGAUCAAACUUCAGAAGUUUAGAAACUAUUGAUUUGAGCUUUAACAAAAUACGAAAGCUUCAAGCUGGUGUUUUUGACAACCUAAUGAUGCUAAACACACUUUACAUGAAUAACAAUGAUAUGGAAAUGAUCGAAAAAGACAUGUUCUCUGACAGGCUCAGCUUCAAAUAUAUAGACUGGAGCUAUAAUAAACUUACAUCCAUCGACUCAAAGUUUAUUCAACUCUUACUCAUGAGUCCUUCAUAUGUAAUCAAAGUGUUUGACUUUUCUCACAACGAAAUCUACAAAUUUGAUAACACUGGAUUUAGAGUUGAUUUUAAAAGACAGCAUAUUUCUUACUUAAAUUUGCAGCACAACAAAUUCAAGUAUAUAAACGUUGACAUAGUCAAAGCAAUUUUUAACAUUACUGAUAUAACAGAGUUGAAAACCUUAUUUAGCCUCGAUGGAUUCCUGUAUAUUGACAUUUCUAAUAAUCCAAUCAUGUGUGACUGUAAUAUGUACGAAAUCAAACAGUUUCUAAAUGAGUUGAUUUUAUUUCCAUCCACCCCAGACAUAUUCAAAUCUUGGGUGGAGCAAUCAAUAACUUGUAUGUACCCUGCUGAUGUCAAAGGAAAGCCAAUUACAAAAUUAGAUGGCACUCAGUUGAUAUGUAACAUUACAGAAAAAUGCCCAGAAAAAUGUACCUGUAUGCGUAAACCAGAGAUGAAGCGCCUAGAAGUAAACUGUAGUAGCCAGAGUCUUGAGGAAUUACCGAACAGUCUUCCAUUAAAUCAAAAUGACAAUAGCGAGUUGAUCAACCUGGAUAUGUCAGGUAAUUUACUCAGCGAAAUUAAAAAUCGGAGCUAUCUACCUAAUCUUGGGACAUUUGAUGUAAGUGGUAACAGAUUGAAUACAAUUGAAGAUGAAGCCUUGGACAAUUUAAAUGCCAUCCAGAAAUGGUACCUCCAUGAUAAUCAAUUUUCAACACUUCCAAGCAAAAUGAAAGAUAUGCCUUUCCCAAUUCUUUCUAAUUUGACCUUACAUGGAAAUCAUCUGGUGUGCAACUGCUCCACAAUGUGGUUGAAACCUUGGCUCUGGGCCUUAAAAGAAGAUAAACGCCUCCAUAAACCAAGAAUGAUAACAUGUGGUGAGACAGGGGACAUAAUUAUAGAACAUGAUUUUAAUGAAGCCAUCUGUUAUAUUAACUGGGGACUUAUUGUUGGACUACCAAUGCUAUGUCUGACUCUUGUCACCAUGGGUCUCAUUACAUUGUAUCGCUUCAGAAACAUUAUUGUGUUGUUCAUCAGAAAAAGGCGUGAAUACAAAGAAAUUCCAGGAGGAAAAGAAUAUGAUGUUUUUGUCGGUUAUGUAACUCAAGAUGUUAUGUGGAUCCGGAAUGUUCUUAUACCCCUCCUGGAGCCAAAAUACAAACUCUGUAUACACAACAGGGAUUUUGAAGUUGGAAAACCGAUAGUGGACAAUAUUGCGAACAGUAUUGGGAAAAGUCAACGAUCAAUAAUGGUUCUAUCGCCUCGAUUCUUGGAGAGUGGAUGGUGCAAGGAAGAGUUUCUGAUUGCGCAUAGACAAUACAUGUUGAAUCCCAGCCAGGUGUUGAUCCCUAUACUGCUACCCGACUUUGACACAACCCAAGAAAUGCCAAGCCAUGUGAAAUGCUAUCUGCAGGCUCACACUUACCUGAAAUGUGACGAUCCAUGGUUUGAUAAGAAGAUCAAAGACCGAAUGCCAAAAACUAGUAUUAUUGAAUAUAAAGAGGAGAUGAACAAUCAAAGACAUCUUGCAGUCAAGAUUGACAAUAAUGAUGACAUCAAAGAGCUGAAUGAUGCCAUCCCUGAUGCCAUACGUGUGUCAACCAUAUCAAAUGGCACAGUUAUACCAAACAUUCUGAAUGGUCAUAUUCCAAAUGAAAAGCCACAGAAUGGACAUGUAGAAAAUGGACACAUCAAGCAUAUCGAAGGUGCUCCAAAUGAACAUACCAAUGAUGAGAAUAUCAAAAAUAAUCGGGAAAAUAUCCAAUAUGAAAAUGUUGUGUAUGAGAUAGAUCCAGAAGACAUUAAUGUUGUAUGAAAUAUGGUAUUGUGAAAUAUGUUAACUGAUUAAGUUUGGCAGUUUUCACAAAUGUCAUUUACUUUUAAAUAUCAUCAGUAUGCACACAUUUCAAGUAUACAAGUACAACAUACUAUGGGAGUACAAGUUCUGCUCCAAAACUGGUUGUGAAAAUGCUUGCUUAUUUAUCAAUUUUUUGCUGUAACUUGUGAAGUGAAGCGAUUUUGUUCAUACAGGGACAGGGAAACCAGAACAUUCAAACAUCUGUCUAAUCUAAACCCCUCUCAAUGUGAACACUUUUUGGUCCCAAUUAUGUUAUCUCCCAUUGACUCACAUGUUUAUAAAUCCUUGAAAUGUGAACACUUGCGCUAAUUCAAACACUUUUGGACAUUUCCAGAGGCGUUCGGAUUAGAUUGUAUGUAAAUAUUUGACAGUAUGACACAUUGUCUUAUGACAAUUUGGUUAGUAAAGUAUUUAGUUAAGAUAUGAAUAUGAGGUUUUUGGAUUUUAAGAAAAUAUAUUUAUCAUUAUAUAUUAUAAGGAAUAAUUUGUUCUCUAAAGAACAUGUAACAUGAGUGUAUAAAGCACAACCAGCAAACAUUUUUGCAGAAUUAGUUUUAGAAUUCAACAUUAUAUUUUGCCUACUCUAUGCUUUUAAGAUGCA